GCUGAAGCUACUGUUUUGUGUUUCCGUCGGCUGUUAGCUUCCUCAUCUGACCGCCGAGACUACGGAGCACAGCUUUGGGUUUUACUGCAAACACAUCUUCAUUUCUUCCGCUGGGCAACCAACUGGUAACCAUGCUACAUCCUUGUGUAGUUGUGAGUGGAGUGCUGCUCUCAUUAGCUGUUCCCACCAUCAUCUCCAUGGAAAGCUGUGAAUUCUCGGGAAUGCCCGGAAUGCCAGGUAUCCCUGGGUUACCGGGCCGGGAUGGUCGUGAUGGGGAGAAGGGGGAGAAGGGGCAGCCAGGACGACUAUGGCAGGAUAAGCCUCAAAAGGGAGAUCAGGGAGAGCCUGGAGUGAUGGGACCUUCAGGUAAACGUGGUGUGGUGGGGAAACCAGGACCAAAAGGGGCCAGAGGACAUCAAGGACUUCCAGGAGAGCCAGGAGAAGCCAGCCAUACUGAUGCAACGCAGCAGUCUGCCUUCAGCGUGGCCAGAGGGACAGCCACAAUGCCCGGCAGGUCCUCCCUCAUACGAUUCACCAAUGUCAUCACCGACUUCAACAAAGACUACAACACUGAAACGGGGCACUUUAGAUGUCGGGUGCAAGGAACCUAUUAUUUUGUGUACCAUGCCUCUGCGGAGGAAAAGCUCUGUGUGGUGCUGAAGCUGGAAAAUACCAUAGUGGCAUCAUUCUGCGAUCAUGUGCAAAACCACAACUCAAGACAGGUGAGCUCAGGCGGGCUGUCUGUCUAUGUAAGGAGAGACCAGGAGGUUUGGCUGGAAACUGGUGACUACAGGGGAAUGACAGGCAAACCAGAAGGAUACAGCAUCUUUUCUGGAUUCCUGAUAAAUGCACACUGAUGAAGCGCACAGCAUACAUCCAAAGUGUAACGCAACACUGAAAAUGUAUUGGUUAAACCUGACCAGCUUCUUCAAUAAACUUUUCAGUAAAACAGCUUUUAGUGAUGUUUUUUUCCCGAAAGACUGUUCCUACACACUGCAAACCUAAAUUUGCUAGUUAACAUUAAAAAAAAAAAAGCACCUCCAUUAAAGUGGCUCAGGAGUCUGUGGUUAUACUGGGGAACCCCAAGCAACCAAGAAUGGACAACUAUUUCUGCAGUGGGCAGGUCCCUGAUGUAAAUGUGCUCAACAGUAUUCAUUUGAAGCUGGAAAAUUGUGAAAAUGAGUAAUGGUACGCAAUCAUCCCUGGAUGAAUAAAAGCUAGAAUAAAUGUUAUCAUGGCUGUCAGGCAAACCAGGUAGAAAAAAUAUCAAAGUCCUUGCUUCACAUUUACCAACUAACCUUUUGUGUUUUCAUUGCACUGACUUUCAUUCCAGCGCAUUUCUUUGUGGUAUUACUUCCCUUCAAUAGUCAGUAACAUGUGUCGUUCUCUCUCUCCAGAAAAACAGUUCGUUUUUAACAAUAUACUGAGACAGGGAAGGGCUAUCUUUACUUCAUACUGACUGACACAUUCUGAAAAAUAUUUUAGUUUGAAAGCAAUGAGGCUUAUUUUCUUGUUUCUAGUGUGUUAUGUGUAGUUAUCAGUCUGCUGGAAUGUGGCACCAAACCUAAUGCACGCUGUUAGCUUAAACAUCAAUAACCUGUAUGAGAAUGGCUGUGUAAAAUCAAAUAAACUAUGAUU